AAUUAAAAUAUCUUAGCAGGAACUUUGAGGAAUGAUGAGGCCAAAUAUCAUUUUCUAUAUGUAUAUAUAUUUGUGUGUGGAUGUAUUAUCAUUCUAAAUUCUAAUAAUUAGGAAAUCCAAAACACCUGAAUAUAUUUUAAUUCUCAGGUGAAGUACCAUUUUGUUUCAGUCUGGCCAUAUUUGGAAGUAUGACAAUCUUGGCCUGCAACAUCCUAUGCCUGUCGAAACUGCCUGACAACCCACGAAGUUGGAAUGAGACCAUUAAGGAGCAAGUGCUCAAAGGUCAUCCAAAGAAAGCAAUUCUAACAUAUAUACGUAUGCAGGAACUUGGUUUUCAUGCCGAUAAUUAUACAUUUCCCAUUUUACUUAAAGCAGCAGGAGACCUUCCUAGUUCUCGUGUUGGGUUUGCACUCCACGGCCAGACUAUAAAAACUGUUUUCUGUGUUCAUGUUUUUGUCCAAACUGCCUUGGUGAACAUGUAUUCUUCUCUGGGAUUCAUUGGUGAUGCUUGUAAAGUGUUUGAGAAUAUGCCUGUCAAAGAUGUGGUUGCUUGGAAUUCGAUGCUAGAUGCAUACGUAUCUAGUGGGCAGAUGGAUAACGCAACUGAACUUUUUGAUUCCAUGCCUUUGAAAGAUCUUUCAUCUUUCAAUAUCAUGGUCUCCGGGUAUGCAAGCACAGGAAGAAUAAUAUCUGCGAGGCGUAUCUUCAGUAACAUCCCUGCAAAAGAUACAGUCUCGUGGAACUCUAUGAUAUUGGCGUGUACCAAUGCUGGAGACAUGGUUGAAGCACAAACGUUAUUCAAGGAGAUGCCAGCAAAGAAUAUCAUAUCAUGGAAUAUAAUGGUAAGAGGCUAUAUACGCAAUCAACUCUACUCUGAGGCGGUUGAUUUUUUUGAUAAAAUGCAGGCCGCAAAUGUGGAGCCUGAUUUUCUAACGGUAACUGGUGUUUUAACUGCCUGUGCUCAUCUGGGAUCACUUCAAAGAGGCACUAAAACACACACGCAUGCUAAAGAUCACGGGCUAGACUCGAGUCCUCAUGUCACAACAGCCCUAAUAGUCAUGUAUGCCAAGUGCGGAAGCCUAAGGAAUUCUUUGGAGGUGUUCUAUAAGUCUCAGGUUAAGGAUAUUUAUUGUUGGAAUGCCAUCAUCUCUGGACUCGCUCUUCAUGGCCAUGGCGAUGCUGCUCUCAAUUUUUUUCAUAAAAUGAGAGAGAACUGCAUAAUGCCUGAUGACAUUACGUUCAUUGGCCUACUCAGUGCUUGUAGCCAUUCAGGUUUGGUGGAAGAUGGAUUCCAAUUGUUCGACAGGAUGGAAAGGGACUUUGGAAUCACUCCCAAGAGAGAGCACUAUAGCUGCAUGGUUGAUCUUCUGAGUAGAGCCAAACUUCUUAACCGUGCAUUUCAACUCAUAGAAGCCAUGCCAUUUGAACCGGGGGAGUCCAUCUUGGGUGCUUUGCUUAGCGCCUGUGUCAUUCAUCGUGACUUUGAUACCGGAGAGAAACUAAUGAAACUGUAUUCAGAAAGGACGAGCCUCAUGAGUGACGGGGAGUUCAUGAUGUUUGCUAACUUGUAUGCAGCAUUUGGUAAAUGGGAGGAAGCGGAGAGAUGGAGAGGCAAGAUGAAUGAUUCAGGCAUUUCUAAGACUGCUGGGUGCAGUAUAAUCGAGGUUAAUGGGAAGUUGCACAAGUUUUUGGCCGGGGAAAGUGGCCUUGACCAGUGGUUCACAUCCUGUAGAGUAGCUGGUCUUGAGCAUAUAUUAUUUUUGUGAUUCGAUUGAUUUACAUGGUAUUGUUGGGUUGAACUCUCUACUCUAAGGUAUAAAUCUCAAAAGUCCAUAACUUUUAAAAUGGGCCUUUAAAGGAAGGAUAUCUUGAUCUUAUCCAUCAAUAUCCACCGAUUUCUAAUUAAACCAAAAAAAAAAAAAAAAAAAAAGAACGAAGGAUAGAAUGUGAGAAAUGUCUUUAUACUUCUUUAAAAUAUAUUGGAAACCAGCUGUAUCUAAAGUCUGCAUUUUGUUAGCAGACAGCUAAAUUUUGCUACACCAAUUACGAUAAAGAUCUCCUGAUUCUGCAAUAAACAUUUUGAAGUAUGGAAUAUAUAUUUUUUAUGCA